AUGGAUACCUUUGAGCGUGAGUUCCUCGUCGUUCCCGACGGUGUAUUACCGGAAGGUGUCGGGCUCCUUCUUGGUGGCCAAAACCACCAAUCCAGAUUUCCACCUCUUGAUCCAGCAUCAAAUUUUACACGAUUCCUUCCUCCAAAUGCAACCGACACUCCCGAAACUCUAUUUAUGCCUGGAUUCACCAAGUCCUCGAUUCCAGCCCCGCGUUUUACCCGCCAGUCGAAUCUAUCUGAGUUUCUCAUCUACACGGAUGGGGCCUGUAGUGAGAACGGAGAUCAAGAUGCCAGAGGAGGUUGUGCCUUUGUCUAUCGUCCCGAAACAUCUCCCUCGAUGAUUCCAUUUCGACUUGAGUCCCGCAGCCGAACGGGAGAAGCUGUACCUCAGACCAGUAACCGUGCCGAGCUCCGUGCCGUUAUCGCUGCUCUCGGAUUUCGGCUGUGGAAUAACGAGGGAUGCCAACGCCUUGUGAUCGCAACAGACUCAUCUUACGUAGUUGACGGAUCUACAGAAUGGAUCAAGAAAUGGAAGCGAAAUGGAUGGCAGACAUCAACACACAAGCCGGUGAAGAAUCAGGACCUCUGGAAAGAGCUCGUUAAAGCACUCGAGAGAUGGAGUGAAGCAGGGGUAGCAGUACUGUUUUGGCUUAUUCCGAGAAAGCUAAACACAGUGGCAGAUCGUUUAGCAAAGGAAGCUACCGCUCUUACUGACGAAGAGGAUUGGGUAGAAAUCCAGGGAGUAUUGUGCUAA